AUGGCGCUCCCAGCAUACAAGCAAGCUUUCCUCAAGGACUGCGUGGCCGCCGACGCCCUCAAGUUUGGCACCUUCACCCUAAAAUCCAAACGCACAUCCCCCUACUUCUUCAACGCAGGACUCUUCCACCGCGCAGAUCUGCUGCGUUCCAUCUCCUCUGCAUACGCUCACACCCUCAAAGCCCAUGGUGAAGCAGACCCCACUUUCCAAUGGGACAUCCUCUUCGGCCCCGCCUACAAAGGCAUUCCUCUGGCCGCAGCUACCAUCGACAAACUGGCCGACCUAGAUUGCAGCAAGUAUGGGAAAAAGAGCUAUAGUUUCAACCGCAAGGAAGCCAAGGACCAUGGCGAGGGUGGCAACAUUGUCGGUGCAAGUCUCAAGGGGAAGAAGAUUGUCAUUGUCGAUGAUGUCAUCACUGCUGGCACUGCGAUUCGGGAAGCGAUUGAAAUCAUCAAAAGGGAGGGUGGGGAGUUGGUGGGCAUCAUUGUCGCGUUUGACAGACAAGAGAAGACGCCGACUGCAAAUGACGAUGAUGGCAAGCCUGGGCCGAGUGCGAUUGGACAGGUGAGGAAGCAGUAUGGGAUCCCUGUUCUGGCCAUCCUGACGCUAGACGAUGUCGUCGAGUAUCUGAAGAGUUUGGGAGGUGAGGAGGAUCGGAAGAGGUUGGACGACUACAGGGCGAGUGCCUGUGGAAUGCCAUGCCUGGUCCAGGGCACUGAUGAUGGGACGAGGCACCACAUCAAGCACCAGCAUCAUACCGAGCAUCAUGUCAUGUGUGGAGAGCGUAGAACCACAUGCGCUCAGUGGGCGUUGUCCGUCCCCAUUGAUCACGGUACAGGAGUGGACCAGCGUGUGUCGAAUGCCCACCUGAUAUGUCGACUCCAUGUCGGUAAAGACGGAGGGAUCUGGAAUUCUGGCACACGGUCAGUAACCGCCGAACCAAUGCAGACAAGCGGGGCCGUCGCCGCACAUUGCAAGACGACCCCGAAGCGCACGACACAGCACGCUUCGCCCGUUGGCUUUGGCUUCCGUGUGCCCUUCAUCUAUUUCCCUGGGAGACGUCAAUUGACCAGCUGUGUUUACAUGGUACCGCCGAGUAUAACGCCAAUCAUCAUCCGAUUGCGGCGGAGCGCGCCUUUUACGCCUUAUUCGCGACAACACAAGCGGACGCUGACAUACCUGCUUGUCGGCACCAUGCUAUUCGCCGCAUACUACUUGUACACUGAGAGGCCAAUCGAUCCUCUAGCCGUUGCCUUUGAUCACCAUCAGGCUUAUAUGAACGAUGCGACCCACAAUCUGCGAGCAGAACAAUCCUACGAUUGGCGAACGGCGCCUUUCAUAAACAAGAUCAAAUCCUACAUACCACUACCAAGCGGCCAACCCCGCGACCUACCACGCAUCCAAUCCAAAGACUUCCCGGAAACGAGAGCAGAGAGGAAACAGAGAGAGAGAAGGAGAAAUUAUGUGAGAGAGGAGUUCAAGGUUGUUUGGGAGAGUUAUAGAGUCCUUGCUUGGAAACAAGAUGAGCUGCUCCCAGUGAGCGGAGGGGGGACCGAGGCAUUUGGCGGCUGGGGCGCAACGUUGGUAGACUCGCUGGAUACACUAUGGAUUAUGGGGCUCAAGGAACAAUUUCAUGAAGCCCUGGACGCCGUGGCAACCAUUGACUUUGGUACGACAGACUUGAACGCCAUAAGCGUUUUCGAGACCACCAUUCGAUAUCUCGGGGGCUUCUUAAGCGCCUACGAUCUGAGCCAGGAGCCGAUGCUGCUUGAAAAGGCCAUACAAGUGGGAGAAAUGAUCUACCGUGCCUUCGACACGGCAAACCACAUGCCUCUCGGCUCACUCGACAUUGAAGCUGCUAAAGUCGCGGAGCGCACAGAAUUUGAGAAUGAGUACAGUCUUUGCUUCGCCUGCCUGGGCUCCCUGACCAUGGAAUUCACCCGCCUUGCGCAAAUUACAUCUGAGCCCAAAUACUACGACAUUGUAGCCCGCGUCAGCCUUCUCCUCGAACGCGAGCAGUCCAACACUAAACUUCCCGGCCUCUGGCCCACCACCUUUAACCCCACCACCCAACUCUUCAACUCAUCGAAUCGCUUUUCCAUCGGCGCCCUCGCCGACUCGACGUACGAAUACUUCCCGAAAAUGCACGCCCUCCUCGGCGGCCUCGACCCAAUUUAUGAAAGCAUGUAUACCACCGCCGCCACCAAAAUAGACCAGCACCUGAUCUUCCGGCCUAUGGUCCCCAACGCCGACCACGGCGAAAACAUUCUCGUAUCUGGCGACGCAAGCGUGUGGAGCACAGACGUACCCAACCUCGACCCCCAGGGCCAGCACCUCACCUGCUUCAUCGGCGGCAUGUUCGCCCUUGCAGGCCGGCUCUUCAAUCUCCCCGCCCAAGUCACGCUCGGCGCAAAACUGACCAACGGCUGCAUCCACGCCUACGCUUCGAUGCCCUCGGGUAUCAUGCCUGAAACCUUUUCCAUGCUGCCCUGUGCCGACCGCGCCUCUUGCCCUUGGAACCAGACGCGCUGGGACGAAGCCGUCAGUGGGGAGACGCGCGAAAGCGUGCCGGGCUUCAUUAUUCAAGACGCGCGCUACUUGCUGCGGCCAGAGGCCAUUGAGUCGGUCUUUGUCAUGUAUCGCGCCACGGGCAAUCGCGUCUAUCUAAAUCACGCGUGGGACAUGUUCGUCGCUAUUGUGCGCGCAUCCCGCACACGGUAUGCAAACGGGCAGGUCAAGAACGUGCUGCGUACUUCUCAAGACCCUCGGACAACCCCCACCACCACCACUGCUGCUGCUACUGCCACUAGUACCGACACCACAGACGCCAUCUCGGACCCCAACCAAGCCAGCAACAUUGAAGACAAGAUGGAAAGUUUCUGGACCGCCGAGACGCUCAAGUAUUUCUACCUCAUCUUUAGUAGACCGGAUAUGAUCAGUCUGGACGAGUGGGUGUUCAACACAGAGGCCCAUCCUUUUCGUAGACCCCAGGCUGGCAAGCCCGAUGCGCUUCCGGGUUCAGGUGGGUGA